AUGAUGUUGCGUAUUAGUAUGUCAGCAUUGCUGGUAUAUAUGUGGCUAACAUUAGCUGCUAAUGCGAAGUUAAUGAACAAUGAAGGAGUUUUUGACCAGGUAUCAGUUCCACCUAGGAACAGAAGGCCGCCCAGUGAUGAUCAAUGUCCCCCAUGUUUCAAUUGUAUGCUACCUAUAUUCGAAUGUAAGCAGUUUUCGGAGUGUAACUCCUUCAACGGGAGGUGUGAAUGUAUAGAUGGGUUUGGUGGUGAUGACUGUUCGGUACCAUUAUGUGGUGCUUUGAGCAGUGGAAACUCCAAAAGGCCACUCAGAAGUAAUGAAACGAAUACAUGUGAGUGUGAAUCUGGUUGGGGUGGUAUCAACUGUAAUAUUUGCGAAGAAGAUUAUGUAUGCGAUGCCUUCAUGCCUAGUGGUUUAAAAGGAACUUGUAACAAGAAUGGUAUGAUUGCAAAGUCGCUUCACCAAGGAUGUGAUGUGACUAACCCUAAGAUACUGGAGAUCUUGAAAGGGUCAAAACCCCAGGUUACUUUCGCAUGUAACAAAACAUCAGAGCUCUGUAAUUUCCAAUUUUGGAUUGACCAAGUUGAGAGUUUCUACUGUGGUUUGGACACAUGUUCAUUCGAGUACGAUUUGCAGCAGAAUACGACGCACUAUAAGUGUGACAAUGUGAAAUGCAAAUGUGUUCCUGGGCAGAUGCUUUGUGGAAAGAAGGGUUCAAUUGAUAUAUCGGAUUUCUUAACAGAAACAAUUAAGGGUCCUGGUGAUUUUAGUUGCGAUUUAGAAUCCAAGAAAUGUCAAUUUUCUGAGCCUAGCAUGAACGAUUUGAUUUUGACUGUGUUUGGGGACCCAUACAUUACCCUAAAGUGUGAGUCGGGUGAAUGUCUUCACUAUAGUGAAAUUCCCGGUUACAAGACACCUGAUAAAAGCAAGCUUUCAACAGGAUCUAUAUUGGUUCUCGUUUUAAGUUCUGCAGGGGUUCUCGUAGCCAUAUCAAUCUCUGUAUACUUUAUUUCCAAGAGUCCAAUAUUUGCGAAUAGUCCAAUAAUGCUACCUGACGAUAGUAGUGAUGAUGACUUUGAUCUCUAUAAAACAAACUCGACUGCAACCUUAACAUUUGAGAAUAUCACCUAUAAGGUUUUCCCAACGAAAAACACUUCUACUACUAUCUUGAAUGAAGUUACUGGAUCAGUUAAACCAGGUGAGAUGUUGGCAAUAAUGGGAGGAUCCGGUGCUGGUAAGACUACCCUUCUUGACAUCUUAGCAAAGAAAAACAAGACUGGAAAGGUCACUGGCUCCAUUAAAGUCAAUGGCACCGAAAUUGACAAGGAAGAGUACUCUAAGAUUAUCGGCUUUGUUGACCAGGAUGACUAUUUACUCCCAACUUUAACAGUAUACGAGACUGUAUUGAAUAGUGCCUUACUACGUUUACCAAGACAACUAAGCUUUAAAGCAAAACAAAAACGUGUUUAUGAUGUGUUAGAACAGCUAAGAAUCUAUGAUAUUAAAGAUAGAGUCAUAGGGAGUGAAUAUGAAAGAGGAAUUAGUGGUGGUGAAAAAAGAAGAGUUUCAAUUGCUUGCGAACUAGUCACUUCUCCACAAGUUCUUUUCCUUGAUGAACCAACGUCCGGUUUGGAUGCAAACAAUGCAAAUAACGUCAUUGAAUGUUUAGUGAGAUUGGCAAAUCAUUAUAACAAAACGUUAGUUGUAUCAAUUCAUCAACCGAGAUCAAGUAUCUUCCAGUUAUUUGAUAAGUUGGUUCUUUUAAGCGAUGGUGAAAUGGUCUACUCAGGUGAAGCAUACAAAGUCAGUGAGUUCUUGAAAAAUGAAGGAUACGUGUGUCCACAAGAUUACAACAUCGCUGAUUAUUUGAUUGAUGUCACUUUUGAACCAUCUAAAUUUAUAACGAAGGCCACAAUUGAUGAUGUUAAUGCGACAAUUCCUUCAACGGAAGCCCAGAACCCUAUUCACAGAGUGGAACACGCACGCCGUUCGUUGACUGGUACCGCUACUCAAACUGAAUGGGAGCAUCUCGCUAUCCACAGGGAUGAAUUUAGAGGUCUAUUAGCUCAGUCAGAAAAUGAAGAACAAACCAUAGGCGAGGUAAACUCUCAGUUGUUACACUCCCUUUUCAAGGAUGGCCAGUAUUUCCAAAAGUUGAAAUUUGAAAUCAAUGAACUAUCAUCUUCCGGCACAGAAGAAGAGUUGAGGAUUCCACAUGCGUACAAGGCUGCCACUUUCAUGCAGCAAGUGUCAAUUUUAAGCUCCAGAACAUUCAAAAACGUCUACAGAAAUCCAAAACUUUUAUUGGGCAACUACAUGCUAACUAUCUUCUUAGGGUUCUUCCUGGGAACUCUAUACUAUGAUGUCGAUAAUGACAUUAGCGGUUUCCAAAACAGAUUGGGUCUCUUUUUCUUUAUUCUAACAUAUUUCGGCUUUUUGACGUUUACAGGAUUGAGCUCAUUUGCAUUAGAGAGGUUGAUAUUCAUAAAAGAACGUUCCAACCACUAUUACUCACCAUUAGCCUAUUACAUGGCAAAAGUUAUUUCAGACAUUCUUCCGCUAAGAGUCGUUCCACCUAUUCUUCUUGGUUUGAUAAUAUAUCCACUUGUGGGUUUAAACAUGGCUAAUAAUGGUUUCGGGCGAUUCACCCUUAUUUUAGUUUUGUUCAACCUUGCUGUUUCUUUGGAGAUUUUGACCGUUGGAAUCAUAUUUGAGGAUUUGAAUAAUUCCAUCAUUGUUAGCGUUUUGAUUAUUCUUGCUUCUCUUCUAUUCAGUGGACUAUUCAUAAAUACUAAAGAUAUCGAGAACUACUUCUUCAAAUAUUUGAAGAAUCUUUCCGUGUUCUAUUACGCUUAUGAAUCCUUGAUCAUCAAUGAGGUUAAAUCGUUGAUGCUCAGAGAGAAAAAAUACGGACUUAAUAUAGAAAUACCCGGGGCAACAAUUCUAAGCACAUUUGGAUUCAUUGUUCAGAACUUUGUGUUUGACAUCGAAAUCCUAGUAUUGUUCAAUGUAUUGUUCCUGGUUCUCGGAUACUUGGCUUUACAGUUAAUUGUCGUAGAACAAAAGUAG